GAAGCUGUGGGGGUGGAGGGAGUUGACCCGUUGUCAUGGGAAUGAGACUUUUUUCUUCUCAUGUUUUAUGCGCCCUUAAACUUGCAAGCAACACAGUGAGCUAGCUAGUUACUAAGAAUCCAUCGAUAAUAGAAAGCAAAAGAUUGUUUCAUAUAGAAAUAUUUGUUGUAAAACUUUGUCGGACUGCUCGGGGUUUGGUAGUCAUCGAGAAUCGGCUAGAUGAGCAGACUAGAAUGUUUGGGGAAGUCUUCCAAGGUUCCACAGAAGCAGGUGGUCCCUGCACUUCUUGAGACACACAUGCUUAAAGAAGCAGUGGGAGCCAAGUCUUUUACUGCCACACCUGGAAGUAGCCUUCCUACACAAGCAGUAUCAAAUCCUGUGAAGGUCUCUCCACCUGGGAGAUUGGAAGUGCUCUGUGCAGGAGGUGUGAAUAACAUUAGUGUUGGGUUCGCUGGACCGCCUGUGGUCCUCAGCCAAGACCUGAAGGACAAUAAGAAACCACAGCAGUCGGUUUUAGCUGUUACAGGAGGAAGAGUGUUUAUGCAGCACCGGGCCCGAACUACCCCCUGCUCUGUGUGUGUUCCCCCUCCAGCGGAGCCCCUCCCCCCUCUUGCGCCAGAAGGGGAGGAAGAGAACACUGAGGAGGAUGAUGGUGAGGAGGAUGAUGGUGAGGAGGAUGAUGAUGAUGAGGAGGGACACAGGGCUCCGAUGGAGCUGAUGGCUGAGUUCCUCAAGUCUGUAAUGGAGAAAGACUUUGUGCUGGCAAAGAAACUGUGUCAGAUGAUUCUGAUCUAUGAACCAAAUAAUCCAGAAGCCAAACAGUUCAUUCCUCUCAUCCAGGAGAAGCUGGAGAGAGAGCAAGAGGAGAAAAGCCAAGAUAAUGAUUGUUCAGACUCCAGUGAUGAAGAUGACUCAGAGGACUCUGAGAGUGAUCAAGAUUCCGCUCAGAGCUCAGACAGCUCCUCAUCAUCAUCAUCGUCAGAUGAGGAAGAGGAGCAGAGGAGGAGACACAAACCAUGUCCACCCUCUCAUCUUUCCCAAUAGCUGUCAGUCACCAGCACACUGCCCAGUUUGACAGUCAAAAGAUCAGUUAGUUUCUUUCCCUUUCGUAUGAAUAUAUAGAUAUAGAAAUUGUGUCACUGUUUUGCAUUUCACAUUCGCACAUUCUUACAUUGCCUUGGUGAGGCCAUCACAGCACAAACACAUGGUUUCCUCAUCAACAUGUCACUGUUUAAUCUUCAUGUAAAGAACACAAUAAAGUUCAGCAUCAUGA